AUGCUACCCUUGCGUCCGUCGGCCACCAUCUUCAGCCGUGCUUUCUCAUCAGUUCGGCACAAAUCUACCCAGGCUCCGCUCCUCAUUACUCCAAAAGAGCUUCAAGCCCUCAAAUCGUCUUCCGAUGUUUGCAUUCUGGACGCCAGUUGGCACAUGCCCAAUUCACCGAGAAAAGCUCACGACGAGUUCCUGACUAGGCGCAUUCCUGGCGCGCACUAUUUCAGCCUCGACGAAGUUGCGAGUCUCAAUGAGCUUGGGCUGAUGCAUAUGAUGCCGAGUGGACAGAUCUUUGCCAAAGCCUUGGAGAGGCUCGGUAUCAGCCCCUCAUCCUACGUCGUCAUCUACGACUCCCUCGGAAUAUUCUCCGCCCCCCGCGCUCUCUUCACUUUCAAGGCCCUUGGACAUGACAACUCUAGCGUUCUCGAUGGUGGUCUUCCUAGGUGGGAGGCAGAUGGACUGAAAAUCGAAAGCGGGACGCUAGCCGAGGUGGACAAGGCCUCUUAUUCCCCUCCUCCACUUAAUCACAGCGUCAUCAGAAGCUACGAGCAAAUGGUAGCAAACUCCUCUGUCAAAAUAUCCGACCCCGUUGCCGAACUCGUUCUUGACGCGCGUGCUCGCGGACGAUAUCUGGGUACCGACCCUGAACCAAGAGCUGGCCUUUCCUCUGGCCACAUCCCACAUUCAUUUUCGCUACCCUUCAACCACUUCUUACGCACUCACACGGUCCCCGGUUCUAGUGCUUCUUACACGACCUACCUCUCCCCUCAUGAGCUUCGUCAGAAGCUUGUUGACAGUGUUGGAGAAGCGAAUGCCCAAGCGAUCAUUGAAGGCAAGAGGAAUGUGAUCACAACUUGCGGGAGCGGCAUGACAGCAGGCAUCAUAUGGCUUGGGCUCAAAUUAAUCAAUGAAUUCUCGAGUGUCUCUCUUUAUGAUGAGUCUUGGACAGGGUAUGCGUCCAGGAAGGAGAGUAAGAUAGACAAGAGUGAUGUGUAACCUGGAUACCUCUAUAGGACCGCAAUCGUUAUGCU